UUGUUUAUUUAAUUGAUUGUGACGUCAACAGGGCUUGAAUGGGUACUUGCGGUUUGUUUGUUGGUGGUAGCAUUCGGAUGGUUAGUGUCCGCCGGCGCUGAUGAAGGGUGAGUCUCGAUGUUGUUGCUCUUGGUCGCUCGGCAUUUCCGCUGCUUGCCGUUCACUACGAGCGCUGAUGAUUGCUGGAAUGCCGGAUGAUGGCCGACAAUGGUCGUACGAGGGCUGAUAAUGGCCGGACGAUGGCGGACCGAGGGCCUGCAAUUGCCGUACGAUGAUUGAUGAUAGCGUGUCGGACUAUAACCGGCGAUGACGGUUCGAUGAUGACCGACGAUGAAUGACGAUGGCGUGCCGGACGAGAACCGGCGGUAUCGUUUCGAUGGUGCUACGAUGGCCGAUGAAGGACGAUGGCGUGCCGGACGAGAGCCGGCGCUGUCGUUUCGGUGGUGGGACGAUGGCGUGCCGGACGAGAGCCGGCGCUGUCGUUUCGAUGGUGGGUCGAUGGCGUGCCGGGCUAGAGCCGGCGAUGUCGGUUCGAUGGCGGAUCGAUGGCGUGCCAGACGAAAGCCGACGAUGGAGGUGCGGGGCUUUGCGUGAUGUGAUGCUUCGCAAUGGCGGCCGGAGAGCUUUGCGGCGAGGCGAUGGUAUUCAACCGGAAGCCGGAUGUUGGACUUUGGCAGGGUUUUCGAGGCAAUCCGGCGCAAGGCGACGAGGUGACGGGGUUGUAGGACGAUUCACUGCCGCGAUGGUGUCGUGGCCGGGCCAAGGUGUGGCACUCCGGCUGUUCAGUCGUUGUUGGUCCACGUGCAAAGUCGAACUCCCCGAUUCUAUAUACGUCUGGCCGUGCCUGUUCCGGGAAACCGAUGCACCACUGUUCUGCGGAAUAGAAAAUGCCACUUCCAGCACCGCCAAAGGGCAUACAAAAAGAAAAAGGCCCACUAUGCGGACCUUUUUCUUGGUUUUAGAGUACAACUGCUGGUACUUCUUUUGAAUAGCCUUUUAUUCUCACUAGGCUUUCACUUGUGUCGACAAUUUUUCCGACGCGCACUGCGAUUCCGACCAGCGUUUCGA